CUCUAAAUGAAUAAAUAAAGUUACUCCUUAUGAACUUUAGAUUUUUAGAGGGGAAUGAGGUAUCAUUUGAAAAUAUAAUGCUUGCUUUUGCUCAAUCCAGCAUACUGCCUUUACCUUAAUUAGUGGUGUUCUCCAGAGCAUAUAAAAUGGUUCCAUUUAAUGGCUUUGUAACAGGCAGAGGUGAGACAGGACGAACCCGGAAGAGUGAGUGGGAGGAGAAACUGGAACCUGGCCUAACCUGGUUUGACUGGAUGAGUGAUUAACAGAAGUUGCUUUUUAGCCCAUCUCCGAUGGUGGAACAAGCUGAUCUCUGUUUCCUCUCUUUUAGUGGAAGUUGUAACUUAGAUAAUUACAGUCAUAUGUUACUUAAGGAUGGGGAUACAUGCUGAGGAAAUGCAUCAUUAGGUGAUUGGCUGUUGUGUACACCUCCUGAGGUGCGCUCACACCAACCUGGAUGGUACAACCUUCUACACACUAGGCCGUAUGCUAUAGCCUAUCGCUCCUAGGCUACAAACCCAUACAACACGUUCCUUUACUGGGUACUGUGGGCAGUUUUAACACAGUGGUAGGUAUUUGUGUGUCUAAACAUAUCUAGACAGAAAAUGAACGUUUUAGCUCCAUCAUGAUCUUUUGAGACCACCGCUGUUGUUGACGGAAAUGUUAGAUGGCACAUGACUAUAUUUUCGAGUGACUGUAGCUACAAUGCCAUUGGUUAAUUAGACUACAAGAGCAUAAUAUUAAUGAGAAUGUUCCACAGUGAGCUUGGGAUUUGUGGCAUUUAAUAACUGGAAACCCGAACGAAAAUCACCACAUGUAGCAUAUUGUCCUGCUAAAUAGGAUUUCUUUUAAUGUGCAGAGGUGACUUCCCUGUGUACAUUUUAGGCAACAGGUGGAGAACAGUUUGAUUUAUUAACACUGAAAAACAUCUCUCCAACAUGCUCAUGGGCUCCAUCUUACUUGAGGCUCCUCCAGAUGAGUGCCUCAGUGGAGAGAUCCGAGCUGGCUGGGAGGUAUGUAAAUAUUUCAUGCUCUGUGGCUGGUGUUUGAAGGUAGAGGGCACUUGAGAAGGCAGCGGCUGGAUCUCCCACCCAUAUAGAAAUCAUGUUUGUGACUUGCAGUGCCCUGCGGUUUCAUCACCCUGCACAGCAACAGGCACUUUUGAACAGCUGCCACACUGGGUGUCAUGGUGGAUAAAGUCUCCUCUCUGUUUAGAAAUCACUUUGAGAUCCUAUGCCAAGAAAACAAUGCUCUUUACCUGCAGCACGUCAGUGCACAGGUAGCUUGGCAGAGGUCGUUUGUCUGGCAUGUAGACACAGGGCUGUAGUAGGGUCCUGUCACUCCACAGCUGUGAUUUCAAAGCACUUCAUGUCCCCACAGUCUUGAAUUUGCUCAGUAUAGCUGGGUGCUUUCUGCUGUAGAAAGCUAAUUAUGAAAGUCCCAAUACCAGAAUCAUUUUUAUGUUGCAUUAAUUCUGACUUUUAAAAAUAGUCUGAUAAUGUGUUUUUGCCUGUAUCUGUGAGUGGGGCGGAAAUUGCUGGGUGUCAUGCAUGAAAGCAGGUGAGAGCAUGCACCCCAGAGGCCGUGUGGCCUCUUCUCUUGGUGAGGUGCUUGUGGAGGUUUCGCGGUUGCCCUUUGGCUGUGUCUGGACUAAGAUCAUCAGUUUUCUUCAAUGGAAUCUGGUUUUCCUUGGGCUCUGUCAUCUGUGUCAUGGGUUUGUGGUGGUGGACACGAGAUGUGACAUUUUUGCUGGGAUUCCCUGAAGAGACUGUAUCCUCUGGGAUAAUAGAAAGUAGAAGUUAUCUUUGUGCUUUAAGAGUGUAAACAUUUUUAUUAAAGUCACUUCCUGGAGCCUCUCUGGCUGAGGGUGUUGCAAUGCUGGCCUGGAGGGUGGAGCAGCACUUUACAAUUCUGAACAAGUGCCUUCUGGGCCAGUCGCCCAGUCAGUCCCCACGAAGAGACAGGACUGACCAGUUCCUCUUCCUUCCAAGAACCUUCAAGAUCUGCGUUCUGGGGUCUGGUUGAAAGAUGGCGGCCCUCGCUACCGUGUUUAAGUAUAUUGAUGAAAAUCAGGAUCGCUACAUUAAGAAACUUGCAAAAUGGGUGUCUAUCCAGAGUGUGUCCGCGUGGCCGGAGAAGAGAGGCGAAAUCAGGAAGAUGAUGGAGAUUGCCGCUGCAGACGUCAGGCAGUUGGGCGGCUCUGUGGAGCUGGUGGACAUCGGAAAACAAAAGCUGCCUGAUGGCUCGGAGAUCCCGCUCCCUCCUAUUCUGCUCGGCAGUCUGGGCUCCGACCCACAGAAGAAAACGGUGUGCAUUUACGGGCACCUGGAUGUACAGCCUGCAGCCCUGGAGGAUGGAUGGGACAGCGAGCCCUUCACCCUGGUGGAGCGAGACGGCAAACUGUAUGGGAGAGGUUCAACUGAUGAUAAGGGCCCUGUGGCCGGCUGGAUGAAUGCCCUGGAAGCGUAUCAGAAAACAGACCAGGAGAUACCUGUCAACAUCCGGUUCUGCCUGGAAGGCAUGGAGGAGUCAGGCUCUGAGGGCCUAGACGAGCUGAUUUUCGCCCGGAAAGACAGCUUCUUUAAGGACGUGGACUACGUCUGCAUUUCUGACAACUACUGGCUGGGGAAGAAGAAGCCCUGCAUCACCUACGGACUCAGGGGCAUCUGCUACUUCUUCAUCGAGGUGGAGUGCAGCAACAGAGACCUGCAUUCCGGGGUGUAUGGGGGCUCGGUGCAUGAGGCCAUGACUGAUCUCGUUUUGCUGAUGGGCUCUUUAGUGGACAAGAGGGGGAACAUCCUGAUCCCCGGCAUUAACGAGGCUGUGGCCGCUGUGACAGAAGAGGAGCACAAGCUGUACGACGACAUUGACUUUGACAUGGAGGAGUUUGCCAAGGAUGUGGGGGCGCACACCCUCCUGCACUGCAGCAAGAAAGACAUCCUCAUGCACCGAUGGCGGUACCCAUCUCUCUCCCUCCAUGGCAUUGAAGGCGCCUUCUCUGGCUCGGGGGCCAAGACCGUGAUUCCCAGGAAGGUGGUCGGCAAGUUCUCCAUCAGGCUCGUGCCGAACAUGACUCCCGAAGUCGUCAGCGAGCAGGUCACAAGCUACCUAACUCAGAAGUUUGCUGAACUCCACAGCCCCAACAAGUUCAAGGUGUCUAUGGGCCAUGGUGGGAAGCCGUGGGUCUCUGACUUCAGCCACCCUCAUUACAUGGCUGGGAGAAGAGCCCUGAAAACAGUUUUUGGUGUUGAGCCAGACUUGACCAGGGAAGGCGGCAGUAUUCCCGUGACCUUGACCUUCCAGGAGGCCACAGGCAAGAACGUCAUGCUGCUGCCUGUGGGGUCGGCAGAUGAUGGAGCCCACUCCCAGAAUGAGAAGCUCAACAGGCAUAACUACAUAGAGGGAACCAAGAUGCUGGCCGCGUACCUGUAUGAGGUCUCCCAGCUGAAGGAGUAGGCUCGGCUUCACGCGGCACUUCCGGCGAGAAGGAGCCCCGCCCUCGCCUCGCCCUUUCCCGACUUGCCCGGGGAAGUGGAGGGUCCCUGUCUCCUUCCCCUUCUGUCAGGUUAUCCAUGACUUCGGAGAACAGACACAAAUGAAUCCAGCUGUCCACGGGUGGAGCUACCCCGUGGGCUUCUUAUGAGUGACCUGAAGUCACAGCUGAGUAACCCUGGGUAGGUUCUCAGAGUGGUCGGGAUGGCUUGACCUGCAGAAAAUACCCAAGGUCCAAAAGCACAAGGUCCAUGGAAAGUUCUGGUUGUUGGCCAGGCACAGCAGCUCACACCUAUAAUCCCAGCACUUUAGGAGGCCAAGGCAGGAGGAUCACUUGAGUCCAGGAGUCUGAGACCAGCCUAGGCAACAAAACAAGACUGUCUCCACGAAAAGUUUAAGAAAUUAGCCAGGCAUGAUGGUGUAUGGCUGUAGUCUCAGCCACUCAGGAGGCUGAGGCAGGAGGAUCGCUUGAGACCGAGAGUUGGAGCCUGCAGUGAGCUAUGAUCGCACCUCUGCACUCCAGCCUGGGCAAUGUAGCAAGGCCCUGUCUCUACAAAGAGCCUUUUAAAAAUGAGCCAGGUGUGGUGGUGCAUGCCUGUCGUCCCUGCCACUCAGGAUAUGGAGGUACGAGGGUUGCUUGAGACAGAGUUGGAGGCUGCAGUGAGCCGUGACUGCCCCCACUGCACUCCAGCCUGGGUGCAGAACCAGGUCCCAUCUCAAAAGUAACAAGUUCUGCCUGUCACUGAGUUGAGGUGAACGGAGAGCUUGAUGCUUUCUGCCUUGUCUCAGGUGAUGCAUUGCACGUUUGGGACAUUUGGAAAGGAAAUGAGGGAAGAAGUCCGGGACCUCCCCUGAGCUCUCACUAUCUGCAGGUCCUGUCCUUUUCUCAAGACCUUCGCCAUGACUGGUGUUUUCCUGUCUUCUCUUUAGUAUGAUCCUCAAAACCUCACCUAACCGGAAGAUGAUUUUCUCUCAGUCUGUGCUCCUCAAUAAAAAGUCGAAAAGAACCGCU